UAUCGAUCCGUCUCACACGUGGAGUUGUUGAGAAGCAUUUAUAACGACACUGUAACGGGAAGAUGGUUUCGGGAGAUGAGAUCAACGGGUCGGCGUAUAUUUUCGGAACUCUGGCCGUCGCCUCCGCAGCUAAAUAUGCAUUUGGUGCUUACACAAGAUGGCAGAAACUACAGCGAUUUGAAUUGGUGGGACGUGUUUCGGCAUUGAAUGUGUUUCCGGUCAAGUCGUGCGGAGGAAUCUCGGUACAGAGGGCGCUGAGCAGCCGUCUCGGGUUGAGAGUUCAAGGGGUCACUGACAGGCACUGGAUGGUAACCAGGCCGAAUGGCAAGUUUCUGUCUCAAAGACACGCCCCGAAGAUGUCGUUGCUGAAAGUCAGUUACCAUGGAGACCAAGUGUUUGUUGACGGACCAGGGAUGCCAACACUGAAACUACCCAUCAACCCCACGGUUGUCCCGUCCCUGGUGAAGAAAUGUCGUGUGUGGGUGUGGGGGACGGAGGGGCUGGACUGUGGGCAGGAGGCUGCAGACUGGAUGAGCUCUUUCUUGGGACAGGAAGGACUUCGGGUACUGUUCUCGGCACCGGGACUGCACAAGAGGGAGUCCAGCGAGGAGCUAAAACCAUGGGGAUAUGGAAACCCUGCUCUUCUCGGCGACCAGUUAGCCUUCAGCGACAUUGCAGCAUAUAUGCUUCUGUCGGAGGAAUCUCUGAACUUCCUCAACAGCAACCUCAACAAGAAAGUCACUAUGCGGAAUUUCAGACCCAACAUCGUCGUCAGCACCAACGCAGCAGCGUUCGAUGAGGACAAUUGGCAAGAAAUCAAGAUUGGGGCAACGCUUAUGAGGAUGCUGGACCCGUGCAAAGGUGUAUAAUGACAACAAUCAAUGGAGAUUUGGGAGAAAUCUAAAGACGGCGAACCACUGGCAACUCUAAAGCGUUUACGAUGUUUC